AUGCCACAGUUCUCAAACUGCCUCAACGACGUUGUCAUCGAAUCACUACGCUGUGCGUUCUGUUCAAAAGACUUGGAUCCGUUAAGUAUUUCUCAACGCGAGGCGCACUAUGAACUUCAUUUUUCGAAUGAUUUUGGAGGCUCUCAAACGGUCUCAAUUAAAGUGGACCUAAAUACUGAACCCCCCGCACCUCCAAAGAAAGACUUCCGAGCAGCCUACACUAAGAAUGGCACUCCACAGAAGAGAUGCAUGCUACUCGCAAAGGAGACAGACGUGUUUUGGUAUCCCGACCAAGCGAACCUUCCACCCUCGAGCUGCACGCCGGGUAUCAUCCAUUUGCUUCGAAAGGGUCUCCUCAAGCUUCAUGGUCGCGGGAAUCUGCGACGAGCAGUGCUCUGUACCGAUAAAGCCGUUCAUGUGCACAGAGAAGCCUGGGAUGCUAAUUGGGGAUGUGGAUAUCGAAACUUCCUCAUGCUGUGCGCCACUUUGAUGUGCCAAACGCAACAACCUCUCUACUUCCCCCUCUUGGACUCUCCGCUUCCUCCCAGUAUCAGGAACUUGCAGAGUUGGAUCGAAUCUGCUUGGAAACAAGGGUUCGACGUCGAAGGUCAAAAAGAGCUCAAGAAAUUAGUUGGCACCCGCAAAUGGAUUGGCACUGCUGACCUAUGGGUGGCAUUCGCUUCUCGAGGUAUACCUGCCGAACUUGUCGACUUCGAUCUUCGGAACAGCACCAAAGGUCCUGAGUCGGUAGUCGACUGGGUAGUCAACUACUUCUCACCCCAACCACGAGUAAUUGAGAAACCACUGAACGCUUUCGAGUCUCUGAAAGUGUUCCCCAUAACAAACACCAAUAAGAUGCCCCUUAUACUGCAGCACGAUGGACAUUCGCGUACGAUCGUAGGGUAUCAGGUUGAUAAGAACGGCGCUACCAGCUUGCUCGUCUUUGAUCCAGCUCACAGGCCAACUGAAGACCAGAGAAGAGCAGCCCUUUGCGAGUUCGAACAUUUGAAGAUGACUUCAGAAAAUGGGCUUCUUGAACCCAUGGGAGGCUCGUCCAAUUUGAAACGCAAACGCUCUCUAGAAAUUUCGCGACAGGACAACAAGGCCUCACGAGUCGAUGGAUCUUCCAGCAACGUGCAGAAGACCUCUCCUCUGAAGGUUUUGUCUUCGAAGAAUGGAUUCUCAAGAUCAGACCACAGCGGUAAAGAUCUGGAUUUAUUUGCGCUGGUCAAGAAAUACAGUAUUGAAAUUAAGAAUCUGAGCAAGAAAAAGCAGUAUCAAAUCUUAUAUUUUCCUUUGAGGGCCCCUCUCACGGAGUACGAGAAGACGAAGAGGAAGGUUGUCACCAGCACGAAGAUAUCAUAA